AUGGGAGCAAUUAAUAAAUCAAUGAAAGGAAUAUCAUUUUCAACAGGACAAGAAUAUUUAAAAGAGUUUCGGUGCUGUCAAUGUCAUUUAUUUUUAGAUGAGCAAGAUAUUGAAAAAGAAAAUUACAGUUUUGAGUUUAGUGAUUAUGCUAAUGACAUAACCAAAGAUUAUAAUCAAGGAGUGAACCAUAUUGAGUAUGAAUGCCCCGACUGGGAAAGGUGUCAAGGUUGUUAUAGUCAUUUUCGAAUUAAAGAAGUUAAAAAACUUGACAACGAAAACGGCUACUAUUACUGUCCUCCUUGCUACCAGCAAAUCACAGGCAAAGAAUUUCAAGAAA